AUGUCAAGACCUUCACAAUUCAAAGGGUCUACCUCUGCAAGGUUUGUGAAGAAUGCCAAAAAAUCCAAGAAUAUCACUUCUGAGUUCAAGCUAUCUAAGGAUCAGCAAGAGGAAGAGAAACCCAACCCAUUGCUCAGUGAUGCCAUUUUCAAGAAAGAGCUCGUCGAGAAAAUCGAUAAUAUGGAUUCCAUUAUGGGGUUUGAAAGAUUUGAUCAUGGUGAUCAGGAUGGAGAGAAGCCUAGGAAAGGCUGGCUCAUAAACAUGCAUGCUACAACAGUUCCCACUGACGAUUAUAUGGCGGGAUAUGCUGGCGCCGACUAUUACUUUUUGGAUGCCGAAGGUGGCUCCUUUAAGGCCACAAUUCAAUAUGACCCAUACUUCUUUCUUUUGGUAAUGCCUGGCAAAGAAGCCGAGGUUGAAGAAGCAUUGAAGAGAUUGUUAGAGCAAUGUAACGUGAAGUCGGUAUCGAAGGAGGUCAAGGAUGAUCUUGCCUUACCGAAUCAUUUAGUGGGCUUACAACGCACGGUCAUUAGACUUACUUUUCACAACACCACUGACCUUUUAGGUGCCAGAAGAAUUCUCACGCCUAUCAUAAAAGAGAACCAGAAGAAUGGUGACAGAAGAGACGUGUUUCAAGUUCUUAAUUUCAACAACUCAAACAAUAUUAAUGGCGGUCACACCGGUUAUCAAUCAAAUAAGGAAACAGGAAAAGGUGAAAGUUCCUCUGACCCUCUAACUUUCAUCGAUGAUGUCCGUGAAUACGAUGUACCAUAUCAUGUCAGAGUAUCCAUUGACAAAGGCAUUCGUGUUGGAAAGUGGUAUAAUGUUUUUGCCAAACACGGAACGAUAAAUCUUGAAGAGGACACUGAGUUGAUUGCAUUUGCAGACCCUGUCGUCAUGGCUUUCGAUAUCGAGACUACGAAGUCUCCACUUAAGUUUCCAAAUUCCCAAGUGGACCUGAUUAUGAUGAUUUCGUACAUGAUAGAUGGCGAAGGUUUUCUCAUUACCAACCGUGAAAUCAUCUCCGAAGAUAUCGAUGACUUCGAGUACACUCCCAAACCUGAAUAUCCUGGUCAAUUCACAAUCUUUAACGAACCAGACGAGAAAAGUUUACUUCUACGCUUCUACGAACAUAUCAGAGACGUGAGACCUACGGUGAUCGCCACAUUCCACGGUGACUUUUUCGAUUGGCCCUUCAUAGAUGACAGGUCUAACUUCCAUGGGAUUGAUAUGUUUGAAGAGAUUGGCUUCGCAAAAGAUAAUGAUAAGGAGUAUAAAUCCAAGUAUUGCGUUCAUAUGGACUGUUACCGUUGGGUCAAACGUGACUCCUACUUACCCCAAGGUUCCCAGGGCUUGAAGGCGGUGACUACAGCUAAGUUGGGUUACAACCCCACCGAAUUAGAUCCUGAACUCAUGGUGCCUUAUGCUACUGAGAACCCCCAAUACUUGUCUGAAUAUUCCGUCUCGGACGCUGUGGCAACAUAUUAUCUUUAUUUCAAAUAUGUUCAUCCUUUCAUCUUUUCCUUGUGUACCAUUAUUCCAUUGAAUCCCGAUGAAGUUUUGAGAAAAGGAACAGGAACACUUUGCGAGAUGUUGCUUAUGGUUCAAGCUUACGAGAAGAACAUUCUCCUACCCAACAAGUAUUCUGACCCAAUAGAAAGGUUCUAUGAAGGCCACUUGCUCGAAUCUGAAACAUAUGUGGGUGGUCAUGUUGAGUCUCUUGAAGCUGGUGUUUUCCGUAGUGACAUCGCCACUGAUUUUGAGAUCAAAACUGAAGCAAUCGAUGAACUUUUGGGGGACUUGAGAAACUCUAUCAAGUUUUGCGUUGAGGUUGAGAAUGGAAAGAAUCUUGAAGAUAUUGAAAACUUUGAAGAAGUCUACGAGAGCAUCAAAGCUCAACUCGAGGAGCUUAAGAAUAAUCCAUCAAGACACGAGAACCCUCUUAUUUAUCACGUCGAUGUUGCUUCGAUGUAUCCAAAUAUCAUGACCUCGAAUAGAUUGCAGCCGGACUCGAUCAAAACCGAGGAAGACUGUGCCGCUUGUGACUUCAACAGACCCGGAAAGACAUGCGAUAGAAGACUACCUUGGGCUUGGAGAGGUGAGUUUUUGCCUGCUGACAUGAGUGAGUAUGGUCAGGUAAAGCGUGGGUUCCAGAAUGAAACAUUCCCUGGUGCCAGACCUUGGCUUCCGAGCAGAACGUUUGACGAGCUUUCGUAUGCUGAACAAGCCCUGCUUAUCAAGAAAAGGUUGACUGAGUAUUCUAGAAAGGUGUACAACCGUGUCAAACAAACAAAAACGGUCACUAGAGAAGCCAUUGUGUGCCAGCGUGAAAAUCCAUUUUAUGUCAACACCGUUCGAAAUUUCAGGGACCGUCGUUAUGAAUUCAAAACGUUGGCUAAGGUUUGGAAGGGUAAAACGGGCAAAUGCAAGGAUGCCAUUUCCAAGGAUGAAGCAAAGAAGAUGGUGGUCUUGUAUGAUUCUCUUCAGCUUGCUCAUAAGGUUAUUCUCAAUUCUUUCUACGGUUAUGUCAUGAGAAAAGGUUCUAGAUGGUAUUCUAUGGAGAUGGCCGGCAUCACCUGUCUUACUGGUGCUACGAUCAUUCAGAUGGCAAGGUCUUUGGUUGAGAGAAUUGGUAGACCUUUAGAGUUGGAUACAGAUGGUAUCUGGUGUAUCCUUCCCAAAUCAUUUCCCGAAAAUUUUGAUUUGAAGUGCAAGGAUGGCAAACUGCUUUUCUUAGAAUAUCCCUGUUCCAUGUUGAACUACUUAGUGCAUCAGCGUUUUACCAACCAUCAGUACCAGGAACUAGCUGACAAAGACACAUUCAAGUACACAACAAAAUCGGAGAACUCGAUUUUCUUCGAAGUUGACGGUCCCUAUAAAGCUAUGGUUUUGCCUACUUCGAAGGAGGAAGGUAAAGGUUUGAAGAAGAGAUAUGCUGUUUUCAACAAGGAUGGUUCUCUCGCUGAAUUGAAAGGUUUCGAGUUGAAAAGAAGAGGAGAACUUCAGCUUAUCAAAAAUUUCCAAUCAGAUAUCUUCAAGUUGUUCUUGGAGGGUGAUAGCCUUGAGAGUUGCUACAAGGCUGUGGCAACCGUUGCAAAUAAUUGGCUAGAUGUUUUGGAUACUAAAGGAGGGAUGCUCGAAGACGAGGACUUAAUCGAACUCAUUUGUGAAAACAAGACUAUCACGAAGCAAAUUUCCGAGUAUGAGGGGCAGAAGUCUACAUCGAUCACGACUGCAAAGAGAUUGAGUGAAUUCUUGGGUGAAGAGAUGAUUUCAGGUAGUCAGACGGCCUGUAAAUACAUUAUCAGCUCCAAACCAUAUGGAAGCCCAGUGACCGAGAGGGCGAUUCCUGUUUCCAUUUUCUCUUGGGAAGAAAAGGAAGUUUAUCUCAAAAAGUGGCUCAAAGAUCCAAACUUGUCUGAUUUUGGCCCACGUUCAGUCAUCGAUUGGGAUUACUACAAAGAGCGUCUUGCUUCUGUUGUUCAAAAGAUUAUCACCAUCCCAGCAGCUUUACAGGAUGUGACCAAUCCAGUUCCGAGAGUUACCCAUCCCGAUUGGUUGCAAAAGCGUAUCAAGAUAAAGAAUGAUACGAAGAAGCAAAGCUCCAUUGGCAAAUUCUUCGAAGCCCUGACCAAUAAAGAUGUGAAAAUCAAAGCUAUAAAGGAUAUGGAAGAUUUUGGUGAACUUGAUGAGGGAAGUGCACGGUCAAAGGUUGGUAAGGUCACUAUCCGCAAGAGAAAGCAUGCCCAGGCUCUUCAAGCGCAGCAGAAAGAGGAAGAGGAACGCAACAGUGCUAUCUUGAACGGAGCUUGUCCUUCUAUGAUUGAUGAUUACGCGGGCUUUUUGGCUUACCAGAAAGCGAAGUGGAAGAUGCAAUCCGAAAAUAGAGAGCGUCGGAGAAAACUUUUCGGUGAUAGCUCAGCAUCAUCGCAUCGUUCUUCUGUCGGAAACAUGUUCAGAAAACAAGCUGCUAAUGUUGCUGGAACAGACUGGGAGAUACUUGAGUACAAGCCGGAUCCUAUGAAUCCAGGCUCCCUCCGAGUAUAUGUCAUGGCCAGUGGAAAAAUACAUUCCUUCCUUUUUAACAUCCAAAAGAAGGUGUUUGUUUCUUUCAAGACAAAGCUUCCAGUGAACUACAGUUAUCCACGUGUGGCCAUUAAAGCCUCCCAAGCCGUUGUUCCUAAUGGCCAUGAUUCUAAGAAUCUUUACGAGCUUACUAUGUCAGAGAAGACAUACAACGAUGAGAUGAGUAAAGUUGACGGCUUGCUUCACAAUUCGAAUAUCUUGGGUAUUUAUGAAUCUGAGAUAGAUUCUAUUGACAGGGCAAUCAUUGAUUUAGGCCAUUCUGUUCGUUUUGAUGACACAAACGUGGGAAGUCUUGGAAAGUGUUUGAAGACCGGUUUCAGCUCUAAAGAUUUGGUGAAGAUUGACAAGGAUAAUUAUUUGAAGAGAUUCGACAUGGAGAUCAUUUACAUGUUGCAUAUCAUGACAAACAGCUACGAAUUUUUUGCAUUGUUUAAUUCCUGGGAUGAAAAUGUUUCUAUCAUGAUAUUGAAACCCUCUCGUGGGGCCCAAGAGAUACCUGUUAACCUCGAAAAGAUCUACAAGGAGGUGUACCAGAACAAGAAGGACAAGGUGUCCAAGCUAUACAACAUUAUCGAUUACAAACCGGAGAUGAAUUUCGAUACAGUCUAUUACCAUACACCUUCGUCCGUUUACAAGAAGCUUAACAAGAUCUUAAGAGGCUUCCAAGAAAGCAGAAGCAACAAAGCCCUCCUUGCACUUCAAUCACCAUACUGCGAGAAAGUCUUGGGACUACUUGACCCAGGUAUCGACUUCCCAACUGUCAGGAUGCAAGUAAGCGAAGUAUCUUUACCAGCGCUUAGUUGGCAAACUCUUAUCGCCAAAAGGAUUAUGAAUCACUUCUUCUUGGUCGCAUCGUGGAUCAAGAAUAUGAUAGCAUUGUCAAAUUAUGGAAAGGUGCCUCUUUGUAAUUUGCAGGUCGAGAAGAUGGGGUACUUGAUUGACAUUGAGUUUGCAAGGCGCUUGACAGAGAACAAUGUGGUACUUUGGUGGUCGAAGCAUCCGUUCCCUGAUCAUGGUGGGUUCGAAAAUGACAGAGUUGGCGACGUCAAUAAUCACGAUUUCGUUCCGAUCAACAAUCCUGAAAUCUACGAAACGGCCUCUUUGGAGAUCGCAGUGGGUACAUUGACCAUCAAUUCUAUCCUCACAAGUUCAUUGAUCAAUGAAGCUGAAGGAACAGAUCUCUCCGAUACGGCUCUCAUUGACUCGGAGACAAAUGGAUCCACAAUGGCCCAAGAUGCGUUCUCUCCAGUGGCGUUAUCGACGUUGAAGACCAUGGUGAAGGGAUGGUGGGAUGAUGCUGUUGGAAAUAACGCCAAUGCAGAUGCGAUGAUGAACACCUUGGUUUCAUGGGUGCACCUGUCAGAUUCGAAGCUUUAUGAUUUCACUUUGCAUAAUCAUAUCCAUAACUUGACAUCUAAGGCUUUGUUCCAGCUUGUUGGUGAGUUUAAGAGGAUGAAUGUGAACAUUAUUUAUGCCUCUCGGUAUAAGGUCAUCAUACAGACAACGAAGAUCUCCGUGGAAAAUUCAUAUGCCUUUGGUCAAUAUUUGGUCAAUGCUACGAGAUCAAAGCCAUUGUUCAACUUCCUUGACUUGAGGAUUGUCCGGUAUUGGGAUGUUUUAAUCUGGUUGGAUGAAUACAACUACGCUGGUCGUUGUUGUACCACCAUCACUAAUGAUGAUAUCCAGACCUUGCUUCCUAAGAGUAGAUGGCACAUCAAGAAGUUCUUGCCACUCAUUUUCCAGAAUGACUUCGAUGAUUGGCUUUUUAUCUUCUUGGAUGCAAUCGUGAAGUACAAGAGUGAGACCCUUCUAGGUGGAACGCAGAAAGGAACACAGAGAAUUACACAAUUGGCCCAUGUGCUCCGAGGCCAACAUAAACAGGACGCUUCAAUUGAAGAGGAAGACCCUGAGAAUUUCGAGAGCAGUGAGAUUGUUGAAGUUCUUAGGAAACCUUUGUUGAGAAGAAUUGAGAAGCUCUAUCGCCGUCAAAAUGAAUCUAUUUUGAAUCCUGAGAUGAAGCAUGACUAUGAGUUCCCAAAUCAUCCUGGAUCGUUCCUUGAAAUGAAGAACCCUAUUCUAGAAUUAGUGAAGUUCUUAUGCGCCAUCUUUGGGUUGUCUGCUAAGAGAAACACAGAAGUCAGGAUGUUGAGAAGAGAUUUGCUUGCAGCAAUUGAAGUGAAAGAGUUUAGCCCUGAAAGCAUCUUCAAAAACCCAAGCAGUUCGAUGAAGGUGUCUACUAUAAUUUGCGACUACUGUAAUUAUUUGCAUGAUGUGGACUUCUGCCGAGACGAAGAGAAGGAAAUCUGGUCUUGUCCUAACUGUCACAAGCUUUACAACAAGAUCUUCUUGGAAGAGGAGUUGAUUCGCCAGCUCAACAUGCUCGUUGCCAAGUAUUUGACACAAGACUACGAAUGCAACAAAUGUCAUCAAAUCAAGAGUGACAACAUGAGUGAGUAUUGUAAAUGCUCUGGCAAGUGGACUGAAACAGUGGCAUUUGAAGAAGUGGAGAAGAGAAUCAAGACAUUUGACAAUGUUUCCAGUCAUUUUGGCUUCAAAAUGCUAAGAGCAUUGAUGCCUGAUACAACACCGACUGUGAUCGGUCGACAAGAUGAAUUACAACUUUUAGAAGCAUUUAUUACUGGGCAGAAUGAAACUUCAUCUCCUAAUUUGAUUGUACUGGGCUACAAAGCUGCUGGUAAGAGUCACACUGUGCUUGAACAUUUGAAUCAGCUACGAGUAAACAAGACUGUUGUCGAUUGUGACAGAUGCCUUACUCAUAAGAUUCUUCUUCAAAAAUGCCUCAAGAGUAUCAAGAGUGACAGUGGCAUCGAUUUGUCAGAAUACAAACAGAAGUACAUGUACAAAGGCCUAGAAGCAGCAAGGCCAUCUGUGCUAUGUGAGAACUUUGCCUAUUUCCUCAUGUUGCUAGAGCAGUUCUUCACUGAAACCAACUAUACCGAGCCACAUGUCUUGGUUCUUGAAAGAUUUGACGAGUGCUGUGAUCCUACAGACGAGUUAUUUGCGGCCUUCCUCAAACUACAUGAACAAUCUAGCAUAAAGAAUCUUUCCAUCAUAUACAUAAUAUCACACGAUAUCCCAAAACAGAUACUGACAUUUGCAGUUCCCCGAAUCCAGUUCAGGUCAUAUACUAGGGAAGAGGUCACAGCAGUUCUACAGCUGAAGCAACUAUACAAACUUGAAGGCAUCUCGCCUGAGGCAAACAGAGAUUUUUGGAACACUUUCGCUAAGCUUGUCGUUGACCUAUUCUAUGAUUAUACGGGUUCUGAUGUCUCGUUGGUUUUUAAUUUAUGUGAGAAGAUCUGGCCAAAGUUCGAGGAGCCCGUACGGGAAGGGCGUUAUCAACCUCACGAUAUACUUAGAAUUUAUCGUGAUUUGAGGUCUCUGCUCUUUACCGAGAACAUAAUCACUAGCAGCUCUGUCGGCAGCUAUGGAACAAAUGAGGAGGAGGGACCUACUCAUGAGUCUGCCGUUGCGGAUCUUCCGUACCAUUCUAAGUUUAUCUUAAUUGCAGCAUACUUGGCAUCAUAUGUUGAUCAAAAAGCCGACCUUCAGCAUUUUUCUCGAUUAAAACUGUUCAAGAAGAAGCUGAGAUCCUCGCCCAAAAAGUCAUCAAUUACAAAAAGCCAGAUUGACUCACGCUUGCUUUCUGCUGCCUUCUUUGAUUUGGAAAGGCUAAAAGCUAUUCUUUCUGUCAUUUAUAGAAACGAAGCGAAGUCUUUUAACCAAGAUAGCCUGGAGUUCAUCAACUUAUAUCUGGAUAUGAGUGAGCGAGAGUUGGCUAGAAAAGAGCAUGAGUUCUCAACAUUCACUCUUAACCCUUCUGUUGAUAUAAAUACUCAACUAUCGACGCUAGUCAAAUGGAUAUUCUAA